AUGACACGCAAAGAGUACUUCGACCACCGCUUCCGUAUUCACGGAAGCUUGUCGGAUGGUACCGAGAAUAAAGACGAUAAGCCACACAAGUACAUCCAGACGCAAGUUUUCGAUUCAGCCUUUGGCCCACGGCCUGAUGGACCACUUAAUGCCAAUCAACAUUGGGUUGGAAGAGAUGACACAACAGAGCUCUUCUUCCGGGACUGGGACCACGUUAUAACCUGCUUUUCCUCCGAAUAUGUCAAGACCACCAUCGGGCCGGAUGGGCCUCUCUUUGCAGACUUUGAAACAAGCGUUGUUUUGAUGGCAUACGAGAAACCUAUACCAGUGCAAACCGCAGCAGCUAAGGAGCGAGCCAAGGCAGGGAACGCUGACUUGGAUGUUGGAGAUGCAACUGUCGCCAUGUACUUCAUCUCCACACCGGAUGAUGUUCGAGACGGAAGUAAUCUGGAGCACACUGUGACUCCUCUUUUACUGAAGUCAUUGGAAGCUCACUGCCAGGCUGAUGUAUGGGGGGUUAUUUGCAAUGUCGGAGCCGUUUCCGACAAGUUUGACCUGAACUCGUAUUUUAGUGGUGCUGAUAUGCCUCAGUAUGCGUUGGUUUACAAGUUGUUUCUUACAGGUGCGGAAUCUGUGACCGCGCUUAGGAGGGCUCAGAGAGAAUUUGAAGGGGCUGCCAGCGGGCAGGGGCUCAUUGAUCUGCACAAGAGCUUUAUCGUUUUCUCACAAGAAGCUCUGAUUAUGAAUAUGGGGAAGGGAACAAGACCGUGGAGGCUGCGAGAGCCUCAUUCAACCGUACAUCCGCUGGCAGUGCCUCGCAGGAACUGGGUCCUAACCCUUAGCUCCCUCGAAGCCUUGGCCUUCAACUGGCGCCGCCGUGUUCCGAGCCUGGGCGACCAACUCACCCUCGACUCUUUCGGCUUCACCAGCACCAAACCACGCGUUCGGCCAUGGGUGCCUACUCCCUCCGCACCUGAGAUUCCCCUCGACUGGCUAUGUGAGAACCCACAUUUCGCUUGGGAGUUUGCGAGGAGAUGCAACCUUUACAGCAAUGCCCCUAUCCCUGCCCUGCUCCAUACAUGCAAGGAGUCUCGUGCUGCGCUCAUCAAGAUGGGUUACCAGCUCGCAUUUCGGUCGCGGUCGAGUGGUCCAAGAACGUGGUUCAACUUCGAUCGGGAUACGUUGUACUUGGAAUAUGACGAGCUUGAUGAUAUAUCAGAAAACGACGAAUCCGGGGUACUCAACGGAUACAGCCCGUGGGAUAUAGGCCAAUUCGAUCUAGCGGAGUUGCGACAGGUGCGGAAGCUAGCGUUAUGGAAAGGUGCCCAUUUUCAAGCCCUACUCACCCAAACAGACCACAGCAUUGACGGUUACGCUAUGGAACUCCUGGGCGUUCUCAGACCAUUCAACGGUCUCGAGGAGCUGUUGCUUGUUGAUUGGUCACCUGGCGAUUUUACAACGAACAUCCCCAAGGACGAGCCUGAGAGUGAGCCUGAGAGUGAGGCUCGACUGGACACAGAACAUCAGAAGCGACAUGCAUACGAUACCAAUAAGCUUUGGAGCUGCACAGAUGUCGUCGAAGCCGAUGGCUUACUGCAUCUCUUCUCGUCCAAUCCUCUUUACAAAGUCGGCAUAGAAUCAGCUGGCCCUGAAAGUUGGUUUCUGGUCGAGCAUAAAGAAGAGCACGGGAUCGAAGCGAACUAUUUCAAAGAUUCGCAGAACAAGAUUCGAAACUUCUUGACCAAUGAAAUGGUCCGCUUGAUCUCUGAGUGUCUCGAUGAAGACCCUGACACCAUUAUCCCAUGGGAGAUUCCGCGUCUCAGAACCGUCCAUAUCUUGUGGCCGCUGGAGCACAAAACUCUCAUGCAAGAGCGACGCAACGUCUCAGAACAUGUUUUCGAUCUUCAGCAUAAAUGGGCCUCAAUUGCCAGGUCAAUCUCAGAGCCAUCCCGGAAAUCCGGGGCACUGGGCAGGGUAGAGCGAGCGUUUGGAGCGGCACACUUUCCUGAAGACGGGCCCUGGGACUAUGUGGACACUGGCAGCGGCCCUUUUACAAAUAGGGUACAGAAGAUGUGUAAUUCUCAAGUUGUGCAAAUGUUGAGUGACAGUCAGCUUACGACGGCAUAUGAAAUCCAGGCCUUGGGCAUAACGCGUUGCCUCAGCCUGAUAGGAUUUGGAGGAACAAGUCACAGCCGACAGGCGCCUCUUCUCACCAUUCGAAUCCUCAAUGGUGCCAACAUGCAGCUAAAAACAUGCAUAUCUCCUAGCCAAUGCUCUUUUUUGACAAUCACAUCAAGUGACAGCACGAGCCUCCACCAUCUGCAUCAACGACGUUAUCACAUAACGACGAGGAUAAGAGUCGACAAUUCUCGGACGAAAAUGUUCUCUUCCAAGGAUUAUCUUCGUCUCAAGCCCUGUUCCACAGAGACAGACAUUACCAUGCAGAGAUCCGACGGUUACCCAAGCCCGCCCCCUGGGUAUCCAACCUCGCCCCCCGCACCCAGAGUGCAGGACGUCGAGUCUUGGGAUGAGAUUCAUCUACCUGCUCAGAGAAGCGGGGGAGAAUCCGUCCCUCUCAAGUCUGUUGCUGUUCCCACGGUUGUCCCAGUGGGUGUCAACGGGCAUGGCACCUACAACCCGACUCAACAGCCUCUGCCCAAGUUUCAGAAGAGGGCAGUAUGGCUACGCUUCCCCAGUUCGCCAUGGGUCGCCACCUACAGCAUGUACUUCUUUCUCGUCGUCGGCGUCUGCUUUGCGAUCGGCCAUCACUUCUUCUACUCUUCACUCGAUGGCGAGAUCGUCGACGACCAGCUUCGCAUGCUGCGCUGGGGCACCGCGCUCGCGUUUGCCUGCAAGGCCAGCCUGACAGCUGCAGUCCUGUCCGCAUUUGACCAACAAGUCUGGGCAACGGUCAGAACCAGGUUCUUGACUGUUGUUGCCCUUGACUCGAUGUUUGCGGCCACGGAGAACCCGCUGGAUAUGCUCAACUUGGAGCUUUUAACCAAAGCCAAGAUGGCUGUUGCCAUGGCGCUUUUCGGCUGGUGUGCUCCAGCCAUCGUCAUCAUCACUGCCAAUACCCUCCUCGUCGCGCCACCAGAGUUCAUGCAUGAGAAUACAACCUGCAGCGGUGUUAGAAGUCUAAACUUUGACCUUGAAGCCGCAUACACUUGGCCAAACGGUGCCAGGCAAAAGGGUAGUGGGCUAAACCCCCUAAGCCCGGCCAGAUACAACGACACCAGUCGGGAUCCAGCAGAGACGGUCGGCUACUAUGACAGACAGGAUACCCAAGUCCAGAUCUUGGCCGAUGCAUCCUCAGUUCUGCGAAGGCCAGUCACAUACGACAACUCGACGCUCGAGACUUGUGCUAGAGGGUGGAACUGCACCGUCAGGGUUGAGAUGAAAGGGCCAGGUUACAAAUGUACUGAACUCGGCUCCGGAGUUGGAUCAGAGGUGCGCAACCUUUCCCAACAGUCUGGAGAGAUAAGUCCUCCAUUCCCAUUUAAUGAGGUCCUCCUCCCAGUCGGCAACCUGAGCUACCUUGGCAACACAACGGAAGGGGAUUAUAGUUUGCCACAGACGUCGGAAUUUGACGCUGAUGGGUUCCCUGAAGAGCCGAAGCCCAGGAACUUUGGUUCUUUCCGCACAGAGCCCGUCGUAUGGAUUGGAUACGUCAAGACGGCCAAAGACGUCAAGAGGCCUCUCGACCCCCAAAAGGCCAUGCAGGAUGAAGACACCCUUGUUCCCACCCUGAUGGCCUGCGAGUACUACGAAACGAAGUACAAACUGGACUAUCAGUAUGUUGACGGCUUACAAUCUAUCAAGGUCGUGGAGCGCACUCCUCUUUCACCUGUAGUCAACACGACAUAUCGCAGGGGAAUCAGAGACAACCGGACCACAGACCAGACCACGGCAACACCUCCAGAGAACUACGUUCCUUAUGGGAACACAACUCGAUAUAAAAAGACAGCUACAUAUCACGCUCUGGGCUUUCUUUUCCGCGCACUCCUCAACGGGCCCAUAUUGAUGAGUCCAGGUGGUGUGGACGGGAAGAAUGCUCUGUUCACCAAGGUCACCAGCAACGGCGAUUAUUUCCCAGCGGAGAAUCUUCAAGAUGUGGUACCUAGCGUCUUUGAGGACAUACUCUUUUCUCUGCUCUCAAACCAGCAGUGGGCCAUGGUUGUCUGGGCCGCUGAUCCAGAGAAACAAGUUUUGUUCAAUGAGGAUAGCGGCAAAUAUCCGUGUCGGCGAUCGCAGCCAGUAAGCAGAUAUCAGUACAGGGCAGUUACUCUCUGGGCAGUCUACGGCGUCUCUGUGCUACUUGCUUCGUUGGGCGUCGCAGCCGGGACCAUUGCCUUGCGACACAACGGCGGCUUGAGGCGAGACUCGCGCUUCUCUAGUAUCUUGGCCGCCACCCGCGGACAGGGACUCAAUAGGGUAGAAUGGGGAGGUCCUUUGUUCGACAGAGGCCAGGUCAAUCAUUCUGUGAGGGGCUUCAAGAUGGGAUACGGCACGGCGAAGCGGGAUGAGGCUGAGAGGCUCCUUGGCAACCAGGUUCCAUUCACUUUUGGCUUUGAGGGCGAGAUUGAGCAGAAGGGAAACCGACACGGGAAGUAA